GAAUGAGCUUCUGGCUUUUUAAAAAUGUAUUUUAAAAUAUUGUAGGUGUUGCCGUUGUUUUCAAAAUAUUUUUUUUUGUGUUUAAAGUCAGAUUAUGAGAAAAUUGCAGUUAUCUCUUAAACGAUGGAAGAUUGUCCCUUACUCCCUUAUAUUUUUUGUCCUUAAAUAACCUAGAGAAUCUUUUGCUAUCAUUUGUUUUAUGAAAUUUAAGCAAAAAAAAAAAUGGUUUUGUUAAAAAAAAUUUAAUUGUAAUUUUAAAAAACAAUACGGCAACAUCGGCAAUUUUUAAUCUAUAGACUUUAAAGCAUUUUUAAUUACCUACGUUUGAAAAAAAAUCGUCAAAAUCAGAGCUGCUCGGCCGGUCUUAAGCCGCUUCACCUUUUGAACAAAUAUUUUCUUGUAUCCCUUUCAUGCCACUUAUAUUUACGACGAAACAUGUAUUUCCUUUUAAGGUUCCUGGGAGGAAGCAGUUCAGAAGGAAAAGGAUGCCGAGUAUUUGUCUUCUUCUGAAGAAAAUACGGAAGAAGAGACCAUCGACACCAAUUCUUCGGAAUACAUGACAGAUCUGAACAAAUUGAUGUCAACUUUGAUUCCUAAUUCUGACGUUUCCCCGUUCACCCCCCCCAAAUAAAGAUGUUACCAUCACUAAUGUCAUUUCCGAGUUAUACACGCAUGAAGGUAAAAAAUGUAUUUUAACACUAGUACCAUUUUCAAAGUCGUUUUUAAACUCCAGCUUAUCUUAGAAUGGGGUUUAUCCAAUGUUAUUUGAAUAGGAUAAACCCCAGUCCCUCUUAGUAACAGCUGAGAUAGCAUAUAAGUUCUUUCACUAACCGUAUUACUUUUUUUUUUGGAUUUUACUAUAACUCUUAUUUUAAAUUGUUUAUAGGCCCCAGCACCAGUACCCAAUUCAAGGAACUGUCGUCCAAAAUAGACGAAAUUUUGGAAAGACAGCGUUCCACUGAGGUGAAGGUGCAGGCCAUGCAAGGAAUGCUGGAGGCAUUCAUGGCGAAGUCCGAAGUUUCGGUCAAUUUGUUGGCGUCCAAAAUUGGAAAAGACAAUGCAGAGGAAGUGGAUGAGGAACUGCAACUUGAUGAAAUUUUCCCACUUACCUCUGUCCAACAAAUUGAGGAAAUGGAGGAAAAACUCCAUCAAAAUGGAUUGUUAAAAAAAAAAUUGGUCCGUAAGUUGAGCUCAUAUGGGGGGGUCAACGGAACGAAAACGAUCCGCACUAUAUGCAAGUGCAUUUUUACAGAUGCACUACUGGCGGAACAUUCUUGGCUGGGCACAAACGCCAAAAAAAGCUUCAGCCAAUACAAGUUUUUAUAUAAAACUAUAAUGGAAGCGGUCCGAACAAGGUUCCCCACUUACAGUGAAGCCGAGGGUGCUUCAUUUUUCAAAGCUUUUUUAAAGCAAGCCCCAUUUCGAAUGGGAAAACCGUCCACUUCCAACACCAGCUCCUCUGCCUCUGACGGGCAAUCCACGACAUAGGUUGUUUUAUUUUUAGUUUUAUUUUUAGUUUAAGUUUUAAAUUCAUUAAAAAAUAAUGUUUCACUUAACUUAAAUUU